UAUCGAAGUUCAUGUAUUCGUUACACGAACUUGAGUCAGUUUGGGUUGUAAUGCAUGUGUUUGAGGACAACAUUGAAUAAGGAGAGGGGUUUCAGUGAGUUACUGAAUGCUGUCGGGGCUGGACAGUGACAAGAUUUAACACGGAAGUGUAACGCAACGCAGCUGACCGCCCUCAAGAAGCUAAUUCACAAAGCUAGCCAACAAUGUAGCAGGAUAUGUGUUACAGUAAUGUUGCGGCAUGGCUGGACAAUCAUUAACAAUGUAGUGACGUCCUAAAUGCUGGUAGUUGUAAUAAGACUACUUGAUAUUUUCUGUGCAGCUGCAUAAAACGGAAAAAGACCGGAAAGAAUAACUAAAAUAAUCCGGUUUUGCUGAGUGUUUGUGUUCUUGUCUGGUGUAUGUUUUGAGAAACUUUUCUCACAUUUUAUUCAAACCGCUGCUGCACUGUAACCGAUCAUUUCUCAAGCCGCUGUUUGCUGCUUUGUGCCGGUGCUGCUCUCUGUUCUGAUAAUCAGCAUGGGAAUCAACGUGGCUGUGGGCUGCAUCGUGUCAUACGUCCUCCUGGAUGUUGUCACCACCACUGUCCUGUACGCACAUGGAUCACAGCUGAGCACCUUCACAGAGGAUGCCCUCAACUUUAAUAUCCUUCAGUCUGCACUGGACAUCUGGGGGACAGUGCUGCUCCGAGCCUCCCUCCUGCUGGGAGCCUCUUUAGGGGUGACAUGGAACAAGGUGGACGGCCCGCAGAGGGUUGCUAAAUCCACCAGCCUUAUUCUCCUCAUCUGUCUGAUUGUCAUCACCUAUACACUGGCCAAGCUGCUGAUGCUGACUGAGGUGAGCAUCAGUCACCAGCCCUGGCUCUUGAGCCUGAUAUGUUGGACUUGUGCCUCUUCUCUGGGAGUAAUGCUGCUCUGGAGGUGGCUGGGGAAGGAGCCGGAGUCUGAGAGCAGCAGUAGUGGUAGAGGAACAAGGGGCCGUGAGGACACUGAAAAGCUGGUGGAGACAGUUGGCGAGGAGGAGCAGGAGUUGGGCUCUGAGAGAAAGAAGGAGAAGGACAGCAGCUCGGGGGCCACACUGGGACGCCUGCUGAGCUACUGCAAAAAGGAUGCUGAGCUGCUCUCUGUUGCUGUCCUCUUCCUCAUCAUCUCUGCUGUGUGUGAGGCUUUCAUACCGUACUACUAUGGGAAAGCCAUAGACAGUAUUGUGGUUCACCAAAGCAUGGAGUACUUUGCCAAACCUGUGAUCAUACUUGCAGCACUGGCCUUAGCCAGUUCACUUGCAAUCGGAGUACGAGGAGGUGUCUUCACCCUGACGUUUGCGAGAUUAAACCUUCGUCUCAGGAACCAUCUUUUCCGAACCUUGAUGAGGCAAGAAAUUGCCUUUUUUGAUGACAAUCACACAGGUGACAUCCUUUCACGUCUGUCUGCUGACACCACCCAGGUGAGCGACCUCAUCUCCCAGAAUGUCAACAUCUUCCUGCGGAGUGUCAUUAAGGGCGUUGGCUUCUUCAUCUUCAUGUUUGGCAUGUCCUGGAAGCUCACACUGGUGACCAUCAUGGGAUUCCCUUUCAUCGGUCUAGUCUCAAAACUUUAUGGUGAAUACUACAAGAAUCUGACCAAAAAGGUGCAAACAACCCUCGCAGAGGCCAAUAAAGUUGCAGAAGAAACCAUCUCAGCCAUGAGGACGGUGCGGAGCUUUGCCAACGAGAAUGGAGAGGCCGAUUCCUAUUACGCCAAACUCUUAGUCAUGUUCCAGCUCAACAAAAAACAAGCCCUGGCCUACGCUUGCUACAUGUGGUCCAGUUGUAUCUCAGAGCUUGCUCUCGAGCUGGCUAUCCUCUACUAUGGAGGCCACCUUGUGAUUACUAAUCAGAUGAGUAGCGGUGCCUUGAUAUCUUUUUUCAUAUACAUGCUAGAGCUCGGCGAAUGUCUUGAGAGCAUUGCAUCAGUGUACACGGGCCUCAUGCAAGGAGUUGGAGCUGCUGAGAAGGUUUUUGAGUAUCUGGAUAGGAAACCCGAACACCCCUCUGAUGGCACAGAGGCUCCGGAGACAUGCGCCGGUCUGGUUGAAUUUAAAGACGUCACGUUUGCCUACCCGACACGCCCUGAAACUGAUAUUCUCAAGGGGGUGUCAUUCCUCCUGCGUCCCGGAGAAGUGACUGCCCUUGUGGGACCUUCAGGCAGUGGGAAGAGCUCCUGUGUGAGUCUUCUGGAAAAUUUCUACCUUCCUCAGCAAGGCCAGGUGCUGCUGGAUGGAAAGCCUGUUCAAAGCUUUCAGCAUGACUACCUCCACUCCAAGGUGGCUCUUGUAGGUCAAGAGCCUGUGCUGUUUGCCCGCACAGUUGAGGAGAACAUUACCUAUGGCCUGACUGAUGUCCCCAGGGAGGCAGUGCUGCAGGCUGCCACCAAGGCUAACGCUCAUGAUUUUAUUACCACUCUUCCUAAAGGCUAUGAAACAAGUGUUGGCGAGAAGGGCACACAGUUGUCAGGGGGACAGAAACAAAGGGUUGCCAUUGCAAGAGCUCUCAUCCGCAACCCUCGUGUUCUAGUCCUGGAUGAAGCCACUAGCGCUCUGGAUGCAGAAAGUGAACACAUUGUUCAACAGGCUCUGAACAAUGUCCUGCAGGACCACACCGUGUUGGUGAUCGCCCAUCGGCUCAGCACAGUGGAGAAGGCAGACAACAUUAUUGUAAUUGACAGGGGCCACGUGGCAGAACAGGGAUCUCACAGUGAGCUGAUGGCCAGCGGCGGACUCUACUCUAAGCUGGUUCAGCGGCAGGUCCUGGGCAUCGAGACCGGAGAGGAGGACCUACACUCGCCACAAAACGCCAGCUGCAAGUCAGGUGGAGGACAGCAGUGGAGAGGACGAAGCAGCAGCGGCAGCCUGAGCGAGUCUGAGUGUAGUGUGCGUUACUGAGAACGACCUGCAGUGUGUAGAUGUGGCACUGGACUGUAAUUAAGUUAAAAAUACUUAAAUCUGCAUUUGGGUUUGUAAUCUGUUGGACAAAGACACAAGUUUUGUAGCGUUUCACCUGCACACUACCACAGUGGAUUUUAAAUUCAUCAAUAUGAGACUGAUGUGCAGACUUUUAGCUUUAAUUCAGGGGGUUUCAUUGGCAAAACUUUGCCAUUAACAGAUUAACGGUUGCAUUAUGGGCAUUGUUUUAAUGCAAAUGUUUUAAAUGUUUUUAAAAGAAAGAAAGAAUUCUGUCAUCCUGCACUUUACAUUGUUUUGCUGUCUCUCUGAUAGGUUAGUUCAGGUUUUGCAGCCUAAUGAUGGCCUCCCUCACUUGCACUGACCUCUCUUUGGGUUCAUAUUUAAAAUUAGAGUGAAAAGCUAUAAAAUACACAUUCAACACUUUAAAUCAAUUUCAGAUAUUAUGUUGGUGUCGUUGGUAAUGAAAUAGCAAGGGAACGGGCCUCAGCUGGCCAUGAAAGUGCUUGUACAGCCACAGGGACAAAAAAAUGACAAAUUGUAUGUCUCCAACAAACUAUUGACCUAUGUGUUUCCAAACAUAUAAAACAGGGUGGGGACAAAUAAAACUUGAAUAUCCUGUUUGGAUAUUAUAUUAGCUUGAAGGAAAAUGUGUUUCUGUUGAUGUGCUACAAGAGAGGCGUGGCUGUAUUUUGUGUUUUUGUUUACCUCUGUAUUGCACUCCAGCAAUAAUUAUUAUUUUGUUGAAACUUCCUCAGGAUUUAGUUCUGCUGUUGUAUUGUUUACGCUGUAGCAGGCAUGGAGAUGCUGGCUUGUUUUUACUGCGUGGAGUAGGUGGUAUUAUUAGUAAAAGGAAAAGACAGGUGCCUUUGUCUGUGGAAUAGUGUGCAAUAAGAAUAUUAUAUGAUUGAAAAUGAAUAGCACUACAGAAACAUACUGCAAUUGUAUUUAACACUGACAAUGAAAAGUAAAUGUAGCUAAAUAAAAUAUUUCUUUAUUUUUGCAGACAUGUUAUAUAUGUAUGUAUAUAUGGCAAGUGAAUAUAUUCUGUAUAUGAUGGUAAAAUCCCCUUUUUAAAUGGCAAUAAUGGAUCAUGAAAUAUGAAUCUUACAGUCUGAUCUAUGCUGUGUCUGUGUAAUACUGGUAAA